AUGAGCUCUGCGCACUGCAUCAUUGCCGUACAGGCUGCUGUCCAGCAUUGCGAUGCGUGAGUGAUUGCUUGCUUGCCAGAGGAGCAAGCGUUUGCUGGGCCUUGACACACGCGUGCCUUGGAUGCAUUAGUACUACUCAAGUGCCAGAAGAAAAGAAUCUGACGGACGAUACGCAACAGGUGAGUAGCCCCACCCAACAAGUAGUAUGCAAUGCUCAUCACUGUCCUAUAGAUUGCGGGCAACAGCAGGCAAGGAGGAGCACAUCAAGACAACACCGAGGACCCUGAGCAGUGCUCAGCACAGGCGGGGACCAAAGAGCUGCAAUGGACCAGUCCGUUCUACCAGGGAGUGCUGUUGUUGGAGCAUGUAAAGGAGCAUUUCAGACGUCAAGAGGCAAGGAGGAAGGGCAAGAUGACGAGGACAAUGCCUUGAGGUGAGUGAGCUGAUUCUGCGCGUAUGCUGAUCUUGCUCUCUCUACCGCGCACAGCAUCGACCAACCUACACACACACUCUCGACAUCACCAGCCCGCCCGCGCUCGCCCCCACUCACGCGAUCACAAACCGCGCUCAAACACCCAGCAACAACCGAGAACCCGCGAGGUCCAUCAUGGACGCCAACACAGAAAGUAAGUGACGUCAUGCGGGCACACACAUAUUGUUAUUGUGACUGACAGCGCAGCACGCCCCCAGUGACAUUUCACCUCUUGCGCGUCGACUGCAAGCAGCUCAAGCAAGAGUUUGGCAGCAAUUUCUACCCAAUGUCAAGCAUGGUUCAGGCAGGUAUUGAAGCAGGGAGCACUGGAAAGAGGGGAAGAAAACACCUGGAGUGGAGGAGCCAUGCUGAUCUUUGGCAGUGGCUGGACCAAGCAAGAUCAAGUGGUGUCAUCAAAGCUAAGGGGAUGCAGUGGAUGGGGGUCACUGGGAGGGAUCUCAUUUUAGGAAGGACAGAGAAAGAAUGGGCAGAGGCAACGGUUGCAUACAAAGCCUGGCUAGAACAAAGGUGAGCAUGCUCACAUGCGCACGCACGCACGCAAUGCACGUAGCUGAUUCAUUGCGGCAUCGACAGUGCGCCGGCGUAG